CGAGUUCGCCCUGACAGACGUCUAUUGCGCAACGUUUUGGAGAUUCUUUGGAUUGCCAUCUUCUGUAAUUUUACGGAAAUAUUACACGGAAUUUUCCGUUGAAAUGGGUUUUACUAACCAGACUUCGUAUACAUUUGUGGAAAGAUAGCAACGCAGGACUGCUGUGAUUCGCCCCUCACAUCAUAGGAAGAGAUGAAGAUGAGUGUCUUUGUGUUCACUACGAAGGUCUACGAGUAGACGCUUCGUAAAGUGCCUUCAGCUGUCUGUCGCCCUCUUUAGUUUGCCUUCAUCAAUACUUGACAGAAAUGAUUUGAUCAUUCUGCUGUUGUAACAUACAAUUGUUGGAAUCAAGUGGUGCUAAAAACGGAACAACUGUUCAUACAAUCAGUGUCAUUUUACUCUGGAGACUGUGGCACUCUAGGAACUCAGAAUGACCAUGGAUGAUUGCACUGUGGAGGAAUCUAUAAUAAAACUAAGGGGUGUGGUCAAAGAUGCAGGGGAGGGGUGUGAGAUGACCCCACCCAUUGAAUGUCGAUUGACCCAGACAGGAGGGGAGGUGGAAACCCUUUUGUCAACUGUUCUCAAAUCACAGAGGGAAAGCCAACAUGAUGAGGAUGCUGAAUCUGAUGCUGUUGUUAAACAACAAACGGCAGUAGAUGAGGUUCUCUAUCAUGCUAUGGUCCAUCUUGAAACAGAACUGAGCAAGAAAGACAAAGAUAGCCAGGAGGAAACAGAGAUUGAGGUCAAUCUCUUGGCUCGUUUGGAACAAGUUCUGGAGUACUGCUCACAUCGUCUAGACAACAAGAUCAUCUCAUUUGAAGUUCUACUACUCCUCUCUGUGGUGCUUGAUCCUCAUGCAAGCUUCAACAAAGCGGAUACCUGGUCGUCUCGUUCCUCUUUCUCAAAGAGUUCAGUACUGGCCCAGUUGAUAAACCACUUUGGUGCAUGUGGAGGAUUUGAACUCGUCAGACAGAGAUUGAGACAAGCUAGAGACCUCAGUAUUGCUCAUUUAGCAGCUCUUUUGAGGCCUUUUGGACAGUGUUACCAGCAGCUAACAGCAGAUACGAUCAAAAGCUACUUCCUGCCGACAGUGGAUGCAGUAUGUUCUCAUCUCCUAUCAUGCUCAGACAGGCAGUUGUUUCAACAAGAUAUCCAGGUGGGGGAUUUACAGGCCACUUACCUUGUUGGACCUCGAGCAGCUUACGUCAUAGUGGAGGCUGUAAUGAAUCUCUUGUCAGCUGUCAAGUCAGAAGAAGCUGAGGCAGAGGUCAAAGUUCAAUAUUGGCAAGACACCAUUCUCACUAGGUUAAAGCAUGCUUUAGAAGAUGAAGCAAGCUCUGGAGAAUGUACCCCCUCGGCUGGUACGGCCAGUCCUCAGGGACAGGUAGCCUCAAGACGUACGUCUCGAGAAAGUCAGAAAGACAUCACUACUCCAGGAUCUAUCAAUGAUAGUGAAUGUGAGAUGAAAUCACCAACCAGCCUGAGUAGUAGAUCCUGUCAGACUUUACCUUACAUGGUAGACUCAGUCCAGCAAGAUACGUUAGAUCUUAUUGAACGACUAGCCAAAGAGAAUGGCACUCCUUCUUUCAAAGACCCUCUAACUUCCUCAUCACCAUGUAGUCCUGCGGAUACGUGCUCUGACUCCGGCACGAUAGCUGACCCCACGGACUGUGCCUCGGCCUCGCAACAGAUGAUCACCAUUGAUAUCGAACCGCCAUCUCCGCGACCUCCUCAUGCAUCCACCGCGACCAUGGAUGCCACGAUCGAUCUGGACGUGCCCUCCACAUCCUAUGGGAUCGUUGAGCACCCCAGCAAGUUCCCAUUUGAUCGGAUGAAGCCGGAGUUGGUGUCUAGUGAUGUCAUCAUCUGGAACCAGGGGCGCCCUUGCCCUACAUUGCCUUGUGGAUCAAGUAUUCCAUUGGAGAGUAAGCAUCUUCCGUUAGGAAUAGGGUUGGAUUCUAGUGAUACGUCAUCCAUGGUAUCAAUGACAUCUGUAGCAAGGUCAGCAAGUGAACUUGGGACAACGUGUCGGGUUUGCUUUGAAGGAGAGACUUCAUCUAAGAACAGGCUGAUCAGACCUUGCAGGUGUACUGGUUCAGCAGCAAGUAUUCAUCGUCAAUGUCUGGUUAAAUGGAUUCAGAUAUCAGGAAAUAGAACAUGUGAGGUAUGUGGAGCAAGGUUCAGUUAUGUACCUCUCUCGGAACACAUGCGAGGCGUCAUGGAUAAAUUCAGGUCAAAUCGGAGAUGGAGAAAUGUGGCGUUUGCUGUUCUUGUCGGACUGGUGGUCAUUCUUUAUCUUAUCAUCUUUGCUGUGUUCCCUGGGGGGAUAAUGAACAAUUAACCCCCUCCCCCCCCACUCCCCUCCCCUGUCCGAUCCUACCCUCCACCAUUCAUUAUAGAUAACAUUUAUUCUACAUAUCCAGAAUUACUAUUACAAAAAAUAAAUAUUCAGUGUAGAUUCACACUCACUCUGUAUAGGGUGUUCAAAUACAUCAUAUCUAGAGACUUUGUAACUUGUAUUAGGAUGUAUACCCUGUAUAUAUGUAUAGCAUCCCUGUUUAUAUGUUAUCAUUGUCUGCUCUAAACAGAUUUGACAGAAUGGGAUAUAGACAUUGAAAUGAGGUAUGGGAUUUCUAUUGCCUCACUUUCUCAUGACAAAACUUAUAACAGGCUAAAGGGUUUCAGUCAAAGGCUGCCUUGCCUAUCUGAAGUCAGUAGGGGCAUUUUCUACAAACCUACAGACAAUAUGGGUUUCCUGAAUGUACAUGCGGUCAUUCUUUAUCAGAUGAAAGCUUGGCAAAUCCACAAAUUUCACUUCAGAUCUUCGGUGUCAAAGUUCAACUCUCACAUAAAUAUGAAUAUCUAAAUCAGUUAUAUCCUAAUAACAAGUGCAUGUCAAUGGUUAUCCUGAAUACAAUGUCUGUCCUCAGUUGAUAAAGAUACAUAUGAUGCAACACUGAGCACAUCGUGUGUCCUUAGUUGAUAAAGAUACAUACUUGACGAAACCAUGCAUGCCUGCGUAAGAGGUCCCCAGUUGUUCCAAUAUAGGUUCAUUACUAAUUGGUUCGUGUAUCGCAUCCAAUUUAAAAAUUGAUUGUGCUGUGUGCAUGUAUCUCCAGACAUCAGUGAUAUGAUAUGCAUUAUAGUAGAAUGGUUGGAGCCUUAUAAUCUUGUGGUAGUGACUUCCAAUUUUUGAGAGUUUUGAGAUCGAAUCCCAGCCAUGGUGUCUUCAGCAAAAAAAUGAAAACUGUUGUGGUACCUUGCCCGAAUUCAUCCCUUGAAAUGUCUGUGAAACUGGAAGGCAGCAGGCUAUAGCCAGGUAAUAAACGAUAACUGGCACCUAAAGCAAUCUGCAGAGUUUGUACGAGUAAUUUAUACGUUGCAUUAUAGAUAAGGUAGUUGUAGGAAUCGGGAUUGUUAAACACGAAGUCAUGUUAUUGUGGAAAACGCUACAUGCUCAGACUAGCAUUC